CAGCGUUGGGGAGGUGCCUGUCCAAUGUAGCCCGCCGUAAGCUGCUGCCCGAUCAUUACGACUACGAUCGACCGAUCAUAAAGACAGAAAUCCCGGGACCACGAUCAAAGAAUACAGAAGCUGUGCAGUUCUUCUGUGACUAUGAGCGCAGUAGAGGGAACUGGUUGAUGGAUGCAGAUGGCAACAGACUGUUGGACAUUUACACACAGAUCUCCUCUCUGCCGUUGGGCUAUAACCACCCAGCAUUGGUGAAUGCUCUACGAGACGUAAACAAUCUUAGCACCUUUAUAAACCGACCAUCGUUAGGAACACUCCCGCCCCUGGAUUUUCCAGACAAGAUGGGGAAAGUACUGAUGAGAGUAGCCCCACCGGGACUGAAGGAAGUGCAGACCAUGGCGUGUGGCACAUGCGCGAACGAGAACGCCUACAAAGCGGUCUUCAUUUGGUAUAGGACCAAACAACGGGGUGGCAGCAUGCCGUCUAAAGAAGACUUAGAGUCUUGUAUGCGGGACAUGCCGCCCGGUAGCCCCAAACUCUCUAUCCUGUCUUUCCAGGGAGGGUUUCACGGAAGAACCUUAGGCUGCCUGGCCACGUCCCAUUCUAAGCCGAUACAGAAGGUGGACAUCCCGUCCCUGGUGUGGCCCGUGGCGCCGUUCCCUCAGCUCAGGUACCCGCUGGAGCUGUACGCCGAGGAGAACAGACGGGAGGAGGAGAGGUGCCUUGAUGCAGUGUGGAAGAUAAUUGUGGAGUCUAAGACCACUGGCCAGCCUGUGGCGGGGAUAGUGGUGGAGCCCAUCCAGGCAGAGGGCGGAGAUCAUCACGCCUCCAACACAUUCUUCAGACGGCUGCAGAGGAUAGCAAAAGACAACGACGCGGCGAUGAUAGUUGACGAGGUGCAGACGGGAGUAGGGCUGACCGGCAGGAUGUGGGCACACGAGCACUGGGGACUGGAGGAGCCGCCAGACUUCGUCACCUUCGCUAAGAAGAUGCUGAUCGGUGGCUAUUAUUACAAGGACGAGUUUCGACCACAGGGGGGAUACAGGAUCAUCAACACUUGGGUGGGCGAUCCUGCCAAACUCGUCUUGUUAGAGGCCGUCAUCCGGGUCAUAGAAGAGGACAGACUGCUGGACAACAUGCGUGAGACCGGGGACGUUCUACUGGAGGGUCUCCGGACAUUGGAGAACAAAUACCCGGACGUGUUGGACGGUAGCCGUGGACAGGGCAGCUUCUGUGCAGUCGACUGUCCCACAGAGGCGGUCAGAAACAAGCUCAUUUAUGCCCUCAGAAACAAAGGUGUGCAGGCAGGUGGGUGCGGGGAGCGGACCAUCAGGUGCCGGCCUGCGCUCAUCUUCCAGCCGCAUCACGCCGAGAUGUUCCUCGACAUCUUCAACGGCGUUCUGGCUCAGGGGAACAUCCGAUGAAGCUUAAGGUAGCGGCAGGUUCAACUGUAGAUUCAAUGUUAGUCAAACUCUGGGGAAUUCGAAAGUCACAGACCACCUUUAUCAGGCAGUACAAAAAAUAGGAACUGGUUUUCUAAAAUGAGAUAUGAGUGUAACUAUAAUUUCUGUGCUGGUUGCAGAACCGUGGAUUGUGAGUGUGCAUCACAGGAGAGCACUUGUAUCACUGUGCCAUAUAGUUCGUCGUAGAUACCUCAGUAUAUUAGAGCGAUUCAAACAGUCAACUUUUAAAUUAUAUGAGAUAGACAGGCUGAUUUAAGCUGUAAGAUACAAGUAAUUUUGUCGCACUUGGGGGAUAAUGGCAGAAAUAUGGGCAUACCAUUUGCAACAGCAACUCUAGAUCUUAAUAUUGCAUCUUGUAAUAUUAUUGGCUUUAAAUUCUUAUUAUUUAAAACUGUCUUAAAGAAUCACAUAUCAAAAAGAUGGCCUUCGAACUAACUAGUCAACCACAGUAUCAGCAAACACACGAAUUUGUAUGUUGGCACUCCGUACGUAAGACAAAAAUGUACCAUGCCAUCUGUCCAAAUGUAUCUGUCAAUCAGGUCCCUUCUCCACUUUGCUAAUGAUAGGUCGUACAAUAAUUUAUACAGGUAAGUGCCAUGUUACUUAGUCAAUAGUGAAGUAAGUAUCGACGUAUAAAUGAUGUCGAGUGCGAAGCGAGGACCGCGAAGUGCAUUUGGUCCAUCUACUGUAGAAAGAGGUGAUUACAUGUACAUGUAUGCGCGUUAUAUAAAUGUGCCAACACUGACAUGUAUGUACACUGUGUGUACAAACACAUUUUGUAAAUGUACUCUUUCCAGACACUUUCAUCAGUCAUGUGUAGAAUAUCUAGCGCAAGAAAAGUGAUGUAACUACUGUACAAGUACUCGUCGUAGUCACAACCAGUGAAGACCAUAUAGUGUGUAAUAUCAUUCUAUCCGCUAACGUACAGUGCUUUACAUUCAUUUUUUCAUGCAAUUCAUGUAUAGACUGGAAUGUCUUACAAUGCAAACAUAUCAUGACUGGUCAUACAUGCUACACAGAAACACUCGA